CUGAGCUCACGUGCGAACGCGUCGCGCAUCGACGUCACAGCGAACAUUCCGCAGUUCUGUGCUCCCUCGCGGGGCUCCGCAGCAUUCGCUGCGGUUUCCAAAUUUGAGAGUUUCUUGGGCGACGACCGCAUCAAAGUCUGGGUUUAAACCGAGAUCAUUGGUUUUCUUUCUUCCUUCAAGGUCGUUAAUCGCCGCCGCAUCAUCGCUGCAAUUGCCCACCAUGCCCUACCACAAGAAACGGCGCGUGGAAGCCGAGAGCGACACGGAGCCGCAGGUCACCAAAAAGCAAAAGGGCGAGACGGCGGCGCAAAAGGACCUGUCAAAGGGCCAAGAUGCCGACGGCAACGCGUACUGGGAGGUUGGUCAUCCCCGGCUCUGCUAGCAAUUUAUCGCCUACCUGUAUUCUCCUGCGGAUUCCUAAAGUCCUUGCUUCCAGCUUGGCAAGAACCGGCGCGUUGGCCUUUCGCAGUUCAAGGGUGUCACCUUGGUCAAUAUUCGGGAGUAUUACACCGCGCCGGACGGCGAAUUGAGACCUGGGAAGAAGGUGC